CUCCUGUGGCUAAAUUAUUAAAUUGCAAUGGCCUGGCUGGAGCGAGAUUGUUGUACAUGAUUGUACUCAGAUCUCGAGAUAAGCUCUAGGAAGGCGUGGGCGACAGCUGCGGGUCAGUUUUGACGCAUCAAAGAGGGCGGUUGUGAGUCGCGACCCAAACUGCAAGGGCUCAGCAAUACAAACGCGGAAUCGAAGCUCUGCGCCAGCACAGAAACGCACGUAAGCCGCCCUGUAUUUCAUCUUUGCAGCAACAUCAUAACAACAUUAGUUGCACGCGCUGAGGUCGGUAGCUAGCUAGCUACGGGACAUCUCGUCUGAUUGCGGUGAACUUUGAACCCUGUGGGGUUGGUUUGAUAUACAGUAGUGCGCUGACCGGGGCCAGAACCUCAGGCAGACAGACACACACAUCACCACCACCACCACCACCACCAUGGGCAUCCCAGCGAUCGCUCUCACCCUCACCCUCAGCCUGCUGCUGAGCCCCACCGCUGCCCGGCCUGACCACCAUGCAGUUUUCCUAGAGAAGCAGGAUGCCAGCGCGGUCAUUUCCCGACACAAGAGGGCCAACGCUGGCGACGAGGAGAAACUCAUGCCUGCCAACCUGGAGCGAGAGUGUGUGGAGGAGGUGUGCAACUACGAGGAGGCCCGCGAGAUCUUUCAGGACUCUUACCGGACGGACAUUUUCUGGUCGGUGUAUAUUGACGGAGACCAGUGUGCCGGGAACCCCUGCAAGAACGGGGCCAUGUGCUCAGACAGCGUGGGCGGCUACGACUGCGUCUGCAAAUCGGGAUUCUCCGGGGUGUACUGCGAGACAGACCAGACCGUCUGCAUCCUCGCCCAGGGCAAGGGCUGCAGUCAGUUCUGCAAGCCGGGAUACCAGUCUUACGAGUGUUCCUGCGCCAGAGGCUGGAAGCUCCAGGGCAAGGAUAAGGAGAAGUGUGUUCCCGAUGGACAGCCCUGUGGAAAGGUGGAGAGCCCGGGACUCUGGCAGAGCAGGAAGUCCACCAACAUCCAGAGUGGUUAUGAAGGACUUAGCUGCAGCUCCACAGAGUGUCCCUGGCAGGCCCUGCUUAUCAGCGACAAUUCGCUCGGGUUCUGCAGCGGGAUCAUUCUGAAGGAGAACCUGAUCCUGACCACGGCGCAGUGCGCUGCCAAGUACAGCCACUUCCAGGUCGCUGUGGGCAAGCUGGCGACGGGGUACACGGAAGGCGAGCAGGUCCUGUCCGUGAAGAGGGCGACCCCGCACCCCCUGUACGUGGACGGCGGCGCGGCGAACGACCUGGCGGCGGUGGAGCUGCAGACCCGCAUCCUGUUCAAGAAGAGCGUCCAGCCCGCCUGCCUGCCCGAGCGCGACUUCGCCGAGAGCGUGCUGAUGGCGGGCGAGAGCCACGCGCUCGUCGCCGGCUGGAGGGACGUUCCGGAGGGUUCCUCCGCCGCGCAGGGCAGCCUGAGGCUCAACCACCUGGCCUACGAGCCCCUGGCGGACUGCCGGGCGCGGCACGCCGGCCGGGUCACCAACAAGAUGUUCUGCACGGCGCCGCGGGCCAAGGCCGACUGCGCGUUCGGGCCGGGCAGCGCCGCCGUCACCGCGUACCGCGACGUGGUCUUCCUCACCGGCGUGCUGAGCCGCGGCCCCGGCCUCGACUGCCGCAACGGCUACGUCUUCCAGAAGGUCUCCCGCUUCCUGCCCUGGCUGCAGUCCUUCAUGCAGGGCUGA